AGGAGCCAGACUGGUCCAAAAUCCAGAGACCUCUUCCAGUCUCAAGCUUAGCAAGGUCGUGUUAGUUUCACAGUUCUGUUGUGUAGUGUUUAUACAAUAAAAUUAAUAUAUUCACAGUCAACUUUUUAUUUUAACUUUAUCCAAUAAAUCUUAACAGACAAAAAACAUACGUGUCAUACGAAAAAAACCGGAUCAACACCGCAUCAAAAUUGCAUCAAAUAAUUUAUCGACGUGGGACUAGUUUUUGCACAAAUCUUAUAAUCAAAUAAUAUGAUAAGUAUCGACUGCACGACGCUGCUUUAUUGCGUUGCGGCGAUUGUGCUCGGCGGUGCAAUUUUGCUUUUGGUUGGCCUUCGUGUCUACGUUGUCUACACUUUGGGCGUUUGUAAGAGCAAAAACAGAAUGGACGGAAAAACAGUGAUAAUCACUGGAUGCACUUCCGGUAUCGGCAAGGAGACCGCAAGGGAUAUUGCCAAGAGAGGCGCGAGGCUCAUUAUGGCUUGCAGAAACAUGGAUACCGCUAAUCGCCUGAAAGAUGAGAUUGUGAAAGAAUCGAACAACAACAAUAUCGUAGUCCGAAAAUUGGAUUUAUCAUCGUUGCAAUCGAUCAGAGAAUUUGCGCGACAGAUUAAUCAAGAGGAAAACAAAUUGGACGUAUUGAUUCAUAAUGCUGGGACUGCGGAGGUUAUUACAAAAAAAGUCAAUGAAGACGGAGUAGAAUUAACUAUGGCUACUAAUCACUUUGGUCCCUUUUUGCUGACGCAUCUUUUAAUCGACUUAUUAAAACGAUCGAAACCAAGCCGUAUUGUAGUAGUUGCGUCAGAGCUCUAUCGAUUAGCGAGUUUAAAUCUCAACAAUCUUAAUCCUACGUCGACAUUGCCGGCUUAUCUUUAUUAUGUAUCAAAGUACGCAAAUAUAGUUUUCACAUUGGAGUUGGCGCGACGUUUGGAGGGCUCGGGAGUGACAGCAAAUUGCCUGCAUCCCGGAAUGAUCUACAGCGGAAUCUGGCGAGCCGUGCCCCCUGUGUUGUCCACGAUUUUGUACCUAUUAAGCAAGGCUUUCGGCAAAACGCCCGUGCAAGGCGCGCAGACGAGUAUUUAUGUUACGGUUUCCGACGAGCUCAACGGAGUCUCGGGAAAAUAUUUCAUGGAUUGUGCUGAAUAUGGCCUAUCGAAUGCCGUGAAAGAUCCUGCUAAGGGCAAGAAAUUAUGGGAAUUAAGCGAGCUUAUGGUGAAGUUGGAACCAUCAGAUCCAAAGAUCUAAAUACAUGCAUAUUUUCUUUUAUGAACUUUGCUAAAACUUUUGUUCUUUUGUAAUAUAUGUGAUGGUAUCUUUUGCAAUUAACAUUUAUUAAAAUUUGUUAUAAC